AUAUAGCCUAACAUUUAUUGAAGUAAUUUUGUUAGGUUAGAACUUUCUUUCCCAGAGAGAGAACGCACUCACUGAGAUCGAACGUGAAUCUUUUACGUGUAUAUGUAAAUAUGCUUUCGACGAUGUAAAAAACGAUCUGGUUGAGCUUAUAUUAUUACGCUGCUUUGGAAUAUUUUGGAAUAUUUUGGAGUGCAGAGGCAGUCAUAUAUAAAUGCGGCUUUAUAACUUAGAAAAUAUCUCUCCCUCUCUCUCUCUUUCUCUCUCAUUGGUUGCAGCCCUUAUUCUGUGGUCCUUUCACCAAUAAACUUGCUAUGAUGUACGCUAGAUGAUGGAAUUAGAAAUUAGGAAUUGUAGUUUGGGAGAUCUUAGGAAAAGUCAUCUCAGGACUAGUUUAAUAAGGGACCUAAAAAGUAUCCUCUCGGACGUUGGCCGCAGAAGUCAACGUUUAAUAAGUGAUCAAUUAUUUAUAGCGAUUAUUACCGCAUAUGAUUGGUGAUUUCAGAAUUUAGAUAGAAUAUGUCAAUUGGAGAUUUCAAAAUGCCAACGUGUUGUGUUCUACGAUGCAAGAAUAUUAUCAGAAAGCUAUAUUUUUAUCUCGCCAUGAAUUCAAGUUAUCCAGUGAUUUCACCGUGGAGAUGGUUGGCCGCGGUUGUAAUACCGUUUUUGUUCGCGUUUUGGGGCCUCCGCAAAAAAUCUGUGAACAUCAGUGGUGCAAUGUUUGGCUUGCUUCUGGGUUUUAUAUUAACGCUCUCGAAUUACGCUCAUUUAAUGUGCCUCAUGACGUUUUUCGUCACUGCGUCCAAAGCUACGAAAUUUCGAUCGGCACAGAAGAAAAAAAUCGAAGCUGAACAUAAGGAGGGUGGUCAACGUAACUGGGUACAAGUGCUAUGUAAUGGAGGAAUGGCUGCACAAUUGGCAGUGUUGUAUCUGUUGGAUGUCGGAUGUGGCGAACGACCCAUCGAUUUCGAUAAGGAUUACCGAAGCUCAUGGCUGUCUAUUGGCAUAUUAGGAUCAUUCGCGUGUUGUAAUGGCGACACAUGGGCUUCAGAAUUCGGUACGGUGAUUGGCACGGCCGAUCCUUUUCUUAUUACUACAAGAAAAAGGGUGCCAAGAGGCACAAACGGCGGUGUAUCGUGGGUAGGUCUCUUGUGUUCCUUUCUGGGCGGCUUAAUAAUUGGUCUUCUUUAUUAUAUUACGAUAUUAAACACUGUUGAUACAGCCGUGUUACAACUAGCAGCACCGCAGUGGCCCAUUAUUGUACUCGGGGGUUUGGCUGGUUUCUUCGGUAGCAUAUUGGAUUCUAUUUUCGGCGCGACUCUACAGUACUCUGGUGUGAAUGAGGACGGUCUGAUAGUGGAGCGACCAGCGAAAGGUGUAAAACACAUUAGCGGUAAACAGAUUCUGGAUAAUCACAGUGUGAAUCUCCUCUCCACCGUCGUUAUCGCUCUCACUCUUCCGAAAAUAGCGAAUAUCUUCUGGCCAUAAAUGAGACUCGUUUGAAAAUAGAAGAUUUUAUUAUUACGUCCACAUUAGUCUUAUUUAACCUAAUCUAAUCAAUAUCGCGUAUCUUUAUACGUCGUUUUAAUUAGGAUAUAUUGUUUUGGAUACUGAUAUUACUAUGAGCUAUUAAACUUAUAAUAAUAUAUUACUUGAUGUUCUUUAUUGUAUUAAUUUGUAUAAUAGGUAUUAAUCGAAAAUAAAUUAUCUAAAUAUUAAUAAUUUGAA